AUGCCUGUCACCACAGCAGUGGACAUCUCCCUCAGAAGAGGACAGACGGUGUGCCGGGGUGGGACACAGCAGCCCUGCUACAAAGUAGUUUAUUUUCAUGAUGCCUCACGCAGGAUCAGCUAUGAAGAAGCACACCUGGCCUGCAAAGCUGACGGGGGACACCUGGUCAGCAUUGGGACAGAAGCAGAGCAAAGGCUGAUUGAAAAAUUCAUUCAGAGCCUCUUGGCUUCUGAUGGAGAUUUUUGGAUUGGGCUUAGGAGGAAAAAGGAGGAGGUGGACAACAGUACAGAGUGUCAGAACCUCUACUCCUGGUCAGAUGGCAGCUCCUCCAGGUUCCGGAACUGGUAUGCAGAUGAGCCAUCCUGUGGGAGUGAGAUCUGUGUUGUGAUGUACCACCAGCCAUCUGCCCCACCAGGUGUCGGGGGUCCUUACAUGUUUCAGUGGAACGAUGACAGAUGCAACAUGAAAAAUAACUUCAUUUGCAAAUAUUCUCUGGAACCUGUUCAGAGUCUUGCCUACAUCCUCAUUCCCAGCAUUCCAGUGCUGCUCCUCCUGCUGGUCCUUGCAGCCAUCCUCUGUUUUUGGCUUUUUGUGAAGAGGAAACGGGAGCAAAUAGAUGCAAGCCCAAAGGAGGAGGAUGCUUGGCUGUCUCACCUCAGGAGGAACAGCCCAAACCUGGACAUUUACAAAGUGAUCAAGAAGCAAUCAGAAGCAGAUCUGGCUGGAACCAGGCCUGGCACUAAGAACUCUUCCUUCCGUACACAGGAGGACAAGGUGCUGGGCAGCCCCUCCAGGGAUUAUGACGAGGUGGCCAUGAACACAUCAACCAGUGGCUUUGUCACCCUGACCAGUACUGAAAGUGGCUUUGUCACCAACGAUAUCUAUGAGCUGUGUGGAGAUCAUGUGGGGAGGAGCAAGGAAUCAGCCUGGGUGGAGAAUGAGAUUUAUGGAUAUUAA